CGGCAACACCAUUUUCAGCGUCAUUGAUCGGCCGAUGUGGGAGCUGGCUCUGCAAAAGCGACCUCGGCCGCCUUUCAUGAUACCAAUUGCGCAGCACAGGUAGCCAGAAAUGGCCCCGACACAGGAGGAUGGCCAACCGCAGCCAGAGCUGCUACCCCAAUCGCAACCUCAGCCCGGGGAAAAGACCCUGCACGUUUGGUCCAAGCCGGUAGAGAACGAAGCCGCUACCGAGAAUGGAGCGACGAAGCCGAAUGCGCGGCCGACAAUCACAGAGGCUGUGGGCAUGAUCAAGAAGGACGACUUCGCGAACAUUGCAAACACGCCCUGCGCCCGCCAGGGAUUCGUCACCGGAAUUGCCUCUGGUGCCGGUCUGGGAGGAUUGAAGUUUGUGGUUCAAGGAAAUGCGACCAAGGCUGCCAACUGGGCCGUCGGAUUCUUCGUCCUCGGGAGCAUGGCAUCCUACGAAUACUGCCAGUACCUGCGACGGGUCGAGCGCCGACAGAUGAAGCGACAGAUCGAAGUGGUGACGGAAAACAGAAGGGAACAAGCAAAGAAGCUGAUGGAGGCAAGGAAGGAGCACCAGCGGUUAGAGGCCGAGCGAAAAGCCGCGGAAAGGCCGUGGUACAAGUUCUGGUGAGCUCGAUACCGGGUCUAUUUUGUAUUAUCAUGUAUGAGUAUGUGUGACAUCCACCAGGCCACAGCCGUGGAAACGAACAAACUCCCUUGUACAAUAUGGCAAGGUUCACAGGAUAGACAGAAGUUUAGGAACUUUCUCAUUAAAAUCAAAAUUUCAUC